CAUGUUUUGAAGAAGACGGCGUUUUAGGAAAAGAUCUGGGUAUAUAUUCACGGCUGUUUGUAUAAGAUGUCUAAUGCUUCUAGUCAGAUAAAACAGUGAAUGAAUGCUCCAUAAGAGUUGGCAAAACAAACGCAUCCACCCCAUCGAAACCAUGCUAUUUAUAGCAUCAGCAGUUGCGAUGUGAAGUUUGUUACACAGAAAUUUCAUAAGGGCGGAGGGAUGUCGAGGAGGAGUCGGGAUAUUUGCACACUUGGUAAAUCAACCAAACCAGCAUUGGUGUAGCUGUUAUCAUGGCAACUAGCGCGGUCCCUAGCGACAACCUCCCGACGUACAAAUUGGUGGUUGUUGGAGACGGAGGCGUGGGAAAGAGUGCUCUUACCAUCCAGUUUUUCCAAAAGAUUUUUGUGCCAGAUUACGAUCCUACUAUUGAAGACUCCUACUUAAAACACACAGAGAUCGAUGGCCAGUGGGCUAUUUUGGAUGUUUUAGACACAGCCGGUCAAGAGGAAUUUAGCGCCAUGCGAGAGCAGUACAUGAGGACUGGUGACGGAUUCCUAAUUGUGUUCUCUGUGACGGACAAGGCCAGCUUUGAACAUAUCGACCGGUUUCACCAGCUCAUCCUACGUGUGAAAGACCGAGAGUCUUUCCCCAUGGUUUUAGUGGCUAACAAAGUAGACCUGGUGCAUCUGAGGAAAGUGACAAAUGAACAGGGCUGUGAGAUGGCCGCCAAACACAGCAUUACUUACAUUGAAACAAGUGCCAAGGAUCCCCCAAUGAAUGUGGACAGAGCUUUUCAUGAACUAGUCAGAGUUAUCAGACAGCAAGUUCCAGAGCGUAGUCUGAAAAACAAGAAAAAGACGAAGUGGCGUGGAGACAGAGCCAUGAGUUCUCACAAGCUUCACUGUGUGAUACUGUGAUAUUGUCUCUCUUCUGUUGGAAUCAUCAGUGUUUGGCAAAAUAAAAUGCCAGACAGGACUGACUAGAGAUCUGCACUAAUCAGAGGACCACAGACUUUAUCAAAAGAACUGGCAUGAAGCCAUACUAUCUCUUCCUGUCUCAGGGAAGCAUAUUAGGUGAGUGAAGGAAUCACUGCCUCCAGACCAAGGAGGAACAAUCAGUUCAACGUGUCCUAAUUGAAGCACUGCCUGAAACAACAAAAAUCAGAACAUGUUUGAUGUUUAAUAUACUAUAUGAAGCUAAAUUUAGUCCAUUUAAAUUACGCUGUGGGUGGAGCUACCCAGAAAGAUGCAUCCAAACCGAAACCAUGCACCGCAGUCAUUCACGCACUUACAUCAAAAUUGUCUGCAGCUUCCAAACACUCAAAUAAUUAUGUGGAUGAUUGUUUUGUAGAGCUGUCAAAACAUUUUGUUUGCAGUAGUUACCACAAUAUGAAGGGAUAUUGUUGUUUAACUUUCAAGAACUAAAAUCUUACCUUGCCUUACAAAUGCAUAUUUAUUUGCAAAGGAAUAUGUAGUUAUAGUCUUCUUUAAGGAAACUUUUAGUGUCAUAGAUUGUUAGAUGCGUCUUUAAUAUGGCCUUAACUGUAAAGCACAAAAAGUCGAUUGAUGGGCCCAUUGCACUAGAAGACAAAUGCAAGUCUUUUUGCACUUUCAGUAUUUACUCAUGGGCUUUUACUGUUUAACAUGCUUGGGAUGUUUUUGUUGCACACUUAACAAGUGCUCUAAGCCUUUUUUUAUUUAUUUUAUUUUUUUAUAUAAUACCACACAGAAAAAUCCCUAAUAAACAGAUCCCACUGAAAUAGGUCCUGAGAAAUCACACGUCCCUGUGACAGCUAUGUAAACAGUAUAAAAAAAGAGUCAAAAACACUCUAUGCUUUGAAUCAUUUGCACUUUUGGAUUCACUGACAUUCGUUGGCAGAGAGGGGUGUGUUGACAGAGAGAUGUGAUUAAAGUUAGCAGAAUAGUUGAAUGAAUUUAAUGAAGCAGCACUGUAUAGCUGUUUUCCACACUGAUAAUAAUAAGAAGAAAUGUUUCUUAAGCACCAAAUCAGCAGAUCAGAAUGAUUUCUGAAGGAUCAUGUGACACUGAAGACUGGAAUAAUAUGAUGCUGAAAAUUCAGCUUUGCCAUCAUAGGAAUACAUUAUAUUUUAAAAUAUAUUAAAAUAGAAAACGUUGUUUUAAACUGUAAUAAUAUUGCUGUUUUUACUGUAUUUUUUUAUCAAAUAUAUGCAGCCUUGGUGAGACUUCUUUCAAAACCAUUAAAAAAAAUGUGAACGGUGUGUACCUUUAAUUUUGCAUACGGUGUCACUGAAUAAUGAUUCUGCUGGAUAAAUGGGUUAGAUUUUAUGCUUAAUCAACCUUCAGUAUUCAACAGUUUGCAAAACCUCCUGUGCCUCAGUUUUCUCUACUUUGGACCAAUUAAUGUGCCUGUGCCAGUGUGAUAAAUAAUCAGUUUCUGAUCAUUCUAACUGUUUCCAAAGCACAGGCCUGAUAAAUGAUAUAUGUUGUAAUGUUCAAUUCAGCUUUGCUCUGCCCACUCAUUUUUAUAUUGACACAUAAGUAAAUCAGUAAGGCACAAUAUCAGACCUUGCUGUGAACUGUUGGAUUGGGAGUUUUUGGUUUAUUUCGUUACUGUUUGGACACAUCAAGUCUAAUAAGCUAGAGAGAUCAAAAUAUCCAGAAGCUCUGUUAGAAUUAGUUUAACAUUGACAGGAGACAUUGGUUUAGAUUGACAGUAGGAGAUGAAUUUCCACAGGUGAAUAGAUGCCUUACAGUUACUCUUUAGUGUGAUUUAUGUAAGGUUUAAUUAAAAGUAAAAUCACAGUAAUCUGGCAGUACAUUCCAUUUUGAUUCCCUACAAAUAUUGUUACGUAUUUUUGUUUUUUUAAAACACUUCAUAAUUAGAACACUGCUAUCAGUGAUGUCAUAAACUGGUGUAUUAACUCGUACAUUAGAUCAGAGUUCGUACCAAUCCAAUCCCAUGUUAUUGUAUGACAUGAUAGAUCCAGACAAGGUUUGCCAAGCAUUAAUCAUUGUCUGCAUGCAAACGAUGAAGUGAGUUGUUUUGCAUCCAGAGGUCAUCGUGUGUCUAAUGGGUUUUUCAUUCUGUGAUUAAAUUUGUUUUUUAUUUGUGAAUGAAUGGAAAGAUUGUUUGUUGCAUUAGUUGUCACUUGUUUUACAAUUCUAAUGUUUAUUUAAUAAGUUGUCAUCUCUAAACGUCUCAAGCAUAAAGAACAGAACCAACAUUUGUUCAAUCAGAGAAGCAUGUCGGGUUUGAUAUUGCUGUGCAACAAAUGCUUUGUUUGCUCUUUUUUUUUUUUCUCACUCAGAUAAGAUUGAAAGUGUUUCGAUGUCAUUAUGAAAAAGCUGCUCAACAGAAAAUUACAUUUCAGUUUGCCUUGGGUGAGAAAGUAAACCAAUUAUGAUGGAUUGUUAGUGAUGUGUUUUUAAAUAAAUAAUUCUUUAUACA